AUGGAAUUCUAUCUUGAUAACAUCGAUGUCACCGGGUUUUGUACCACCGCCGCGUGUCCGGCUUUUGGCGCAGAGCGAGGAGUAGCAACCAGCGACUCGACCGUGGUGGCACAGCUCAAGGCGCAAGGUGCUAUUGUGCUGGGAAAGACGAAUCUGGAUCAGUUUGCGACGGGCUUGGCGGGGACGCGCUCGCCAUAUGGCGCGGUUCAAAACCCGUUUGAUGGGAAUCGCGUGAGCGGUGGCAGUAGUUCCGGAAGUGGUGUAGUGGUGAGUCAGGGACUGGUGCCUUUUGCGUUGGGGACCGACACGGCGGGCUCGGGGAGAGUGCCAGCAGGGUUCAAUAACGUGGUAGGGCUCAAGCCGACGAGGGGCGCGCUGAGUACAUCCGGGGUAGUGCCGGCCUGCAGGUCGCUGGAUUGUGUAUCGAUCGUUGCGCUCACGCUGGAUGAUGCAGAGACGGUGUUACGGCUGGUGGAAGAACCGGAUGGGCAGGAUGCGUACUCGAGGUCCAGGCCGGAGCAGCCUGUCAACCGAUUCGGAAGCCAGCAGCCUGUGCUGGACAUCUGCCACAGUCCGCUCUUCGCCUUGGCCAGUCUGCUCUAUGAGGGGCCCUGGGUCGCGGAGCGGUAUGCAGCGAUUGAACCCUUCCUGAAGAGCAAGCACGCCCAGGAAAUGGACCCCGUCGUCCGAGGCAUCAUUCUUCAAGCCGAGCGAUUCUCGGCUGUGGACGUAUUCCAGAACGAAUAUCGCCGACAAGAGCUCGCCAGUCAGAUUAGACGCCUCGUGGCCAGGUUCGAUGCGACCUUGGUGCCCACGACUCCGACGUUCCCUACCAUCCAGGAGCUCCAGGUCGAGCCGGUUCUGGCAAACAGUCGGCUCGGCAGGUACUCAAAUUUUGUGAACUUGAUGGAUUGGUCUGCCCUGGCAAUUCCCGCAGGGUUCCGGGCCGAUGGACUUCCGUUUGGGAUCACGCUGCUCGGGGAAGCUUGGAAGGAGCCCCAACUGCUUGGAUUCGGCCGGCAGUGGCUUGCAGAUGCGCCGCGCUUGCUGGGGGCUACAAAGAGGUCUUAUCGAGAGGAGCGGGUGCCCCCGGAUGCUAUGGUCGAACCCGAGGCGAUGCAACUGGCGGUGGUGGGAGCGCAUCUCUCCGGAUUGCCCCUCAAUAAGGAUUUGGUGAUGCGCGAGGCCAAACUGGUGGCCACGACCAAAACAGCUCCAUGUUACCGAUUGUUUGCGCUGCAGACCGGAUCCUCAAUCCCGAAACCAGGGCUCAAGCGGGUGAGCGAUGCAGGCGCCUCGAUUGAGGUGGAAGUCUGGGAAUUGCCCCUCCAGAAGGUGGGAGGGUUCCUCGCCACCGUUCCAUCGCCAUUGGGCAUUGGGUCCGUUGAGCUGCAAGAUAGUCGCUGGGUGCAGGGCUUCAUUUGUGAACCAGUCGGUCUCGCCGAUGCAAAAGACAUCACCCGGUUUGGUGGGUGGAGAAACUAUGUGCAAUCCUCACGCGGCUAG